UGAAUCGGUCGCGAAUUAUGAUAGAAUUAUUAGAAACCGAGAUUCCGAAUUGUCUUCCCGUUGAAAUGUAACUGCUUGUACGGAGUGUCACACGCUUCGCGGAAUGUAGCCUAUAAAGUAGAGGGAAUUGGUAAACACCGAAAUCGCGCAGACAGCAGGUGGCUUCAAUAAAUGAUCGAAUGUUUACUAAAAAGCUGUAUGUCACCCCGAUAGCGUUAGGAAAAUCGCUGUGUGAAGCGUUCACGAAGCCCCUUUGGAAAUGAAAAUAACGAAAUCCACUAUUGUCCUCUUGGUCUUUGUAUUAAUGCUAUCGAUACUUGUAGCGAAUGUUGCCGAUUUGAUCAAUGUCGACACACACGUUUUAGACGACACUCUGUCCAACAAGUACACCAGAGAAGAAUGGUCACGUCCAAGGUAUUACGAUAUUGGAACAACGUUCGACCACCUGAUUUGGUUUUUACAGAUAUCUGAUAUACACAUCAGUAUAUUUCGAGACCCAUUUAGGAUAACAGAACUGAAGGAAUUCUGUAAUGUUACUGUGGAUAUCAUUAAACCUUCUGUUGUACUUGCCUCGGGUGAUUUAACAGAUGCAAAAGCUAAAGAUAAAAUGGGAUCAAAACAAAUAUUAGAAGAAUGGAAAUAUUAUAAGCAAGUUUUAGAUGAGACAGAAGUUGCCAAGAAAACACUGUGGCUAGACGUGAGAGGCAAUCAUGAUAAUUUCAACGUAGUAAGUCUGGAGGCAAAGAACAAUUAUUAUUCCAACUAUUCCAUUCAAGGAAAGAAGCAUCCAAGAUCUUACAUGUAUACAAUAAAUAUUGGUUCUGAAUUAUAUACUUUUAUUGCGGUAGAUGCUUGUCUAAAACCUGGUCCAAGAAGACCUUUUAAUUUUGUUGGAGUGUUAGACGAGCAAGAAAUUAAAAGUAUACACAGUCUAGUGAAUAAAUCUCAGGAAAGUAAUGCAGAUUUUGUAAUAUGGUUUGGUCACUAUCCCACAUCUUGUAUACUUUCACAGACCAAUACCGGUGUUAGAAAUAUCAUAGGCAGAUAUAAAGAAAGUAUGGUGUAUCUUUGUGGACAUUAUCAUACACUUGGUGGAACAGUACCAAAUAUGUAUACACUACAACAAGCAGGAUUCCUUGAAUUAGAGUUAGCAGAUUGGAAAGAUAAUCGAAUGUAUCGUUUGGCAGCAAUAGAUCAUGGUCAGUUCUCAUUUAUUGAUGUGAAACACGAAGAGUGGCCAGUGGUAUUGAUUACCAAUCCCAAACAUGCUUUAUAUACAAUGCCCCGGAAGGAAAAUGUAUUGUCUGUUGUUAAAUCUACACACAUCAGAGUACUAGCAUUCUCAAUAGCACCAAUAAAGAGUGUUGAAGUUCAACUAGAUGAUGCUACUUGGUUCAAGUGUGAACAUGUGAAAGGACCGCUUUAUACUUUCAAAUGGAAUACAGCCGAGUAUAUGAAUGGGAUACACACUAUUCGAGUAAGAGUUGUAGAUACAGACGGCAGAGAGACGAUAGUAUUCCAGCCGUUUGCUCUCGAUGGAUCUCGUUUAUCAUUUCGUAUUCUACCUAGACUAAUACUUAUGUCUAAUGUCAGCAAUAUUUUUCAAUUCCUGUUUGGGACAGUGUUGAUCUUGUUAGUAGUCCCGUUAUGUUUACUACGUUUUCUUCACAUACUGUGUGAAAAAAAGCAAAUGCACCGACCGAGACUCCGAAUAAAAUUUUUUCACUUGUGGCUCAGAAAAUUGUGGAUAUUAUCAACUGUUGACCGUCUGUGUUUUCCAUUAGUUCUAUACGCAUUGUAUUUAACAAUCGGUCCAUGGGCUAUCGGUGAAGUAAUAGAUAAUCAUACUGGUGUAAUUUUUGCUUGGGGAACAUUUGUUGGGAAUUCUUAUCUUCCUGGUGCCUUUACUUAUGCUUAUGGAUUUUUUCAAUUAUUUUCGUUUCAUCUACCACUUAUGCUGAUCUUAGCUCAUAGGGUAGAUAAACGGUUACAGAGUUUUAAUAAACCUGGUCAUAAAUCAGUGUCUAAGGUUUGUAUCCUGUGGCAACAUUUGCCAAUAACAUUAUUGGUUAUAAUGCAAGUGAGUAUGGCUUACUUCUUUUGGUUGGCAUACGGGACGUUAGCUACUGUGUUAUGUCCUUUACGCACUUGGAGCAUUUUGUUGGCAAUAAUGUUAUGGCAUCAAGUGAAUACAAUGCCGCAGUCAUGUUUAAGGUCUGCAACAGCAAUAUGGUCCCCCCAUGGUUAAUUUAUGUAUCAUAUAACAAUUCUAUACCAAAAUGUAGUAAGUUACAAAGAUUUAUUUUACACAGUUACACAAUUUCACGCUUUUGCGUAAACACCAGGAGUUUGAGAAGAAGUAACUAUAUGUUAAGAGGGUUGAUAGACGAAUUUUCGUAGUCUAUAACAACUAAGU